GACGUGUUCCGGUCCACGCCAUGGAGAGCACAUCCGUAGCAGCCAGCAUCACCCUGGAGAUGCUGAAGGAAGCGUGGGAAACGGUGCGGUCGAGUCCCCUGGGGGUGAUCAACACACCCAUGAUCCCAUGCAGCCAAACCACGCUGCCUCUCAACUGCGGUGACAGCAUCUACCUGAAAAUGGAGAACCUGCAGCGGACCGGUUCAUUUAAGAUAAGAGGAGUUGCUAACCAGCUUGCCAGAAGACCCAGAGGGCACCCAUUUGUGACCAUGUCAGCAGGGAACUAUGGGAAGUCAUUUGCCUAUGCAUCCAAAUACUAUGGAUGUAAGGGCAAAGUAGUGAUGCCUGACACAGCUCCUGCUUCCAGAUCAGCACUGAUACAAAGUGUAGGAGUUGACGUUGAACGUGUUCCAACUUCAUCGCUGAUGGAUGUGGUGAAGCGGUGUGUACAAGAGGAAAGCAUGACUUUCUUGCACUCUUAUGAUGACGUUGACCUCAUUGCAGGACAUGCAAGCCUGGGGUUUGAAAUCCUAGAAGUGUUACCCGAUGUGGACGUGGUGGUGGUGUGCUGUGGAGGAGGUGGUUUGCUGGCUGGCAUAGCAGCAGCUAUUAAGCUCUCGGGCUGCAAGAGCACUGAAAUCCAUGGAGUGGAGCCAGAGGGAGCCUGUACCAUGUACAGAAGCUUCAUUGAGAAGAAACCUGUUGGCAUGGAUUCUAAAAGCAUUGCAUCAGGACUAGCACCACCUUUUGCAGGAACGUUGCCUUAUGACAUCUGCAAAGAGUUAGUGAAGGACAUUGUACUGGUUACCGACGAGGAGAUCAAGGCUGCUGUGUCAACCCUGUACCAGUCCGGCUUUGUGGUUGAACCAUCCGGAGCCGCAGCCUUUGCCGCCAUUAUCAACAACAAGAUACCCAACAUCACUGGGAAAAGGGUUGUGGUUGUUCUCAGUGGAGGAAACAUUGGCAGGGAUGAGCUGACCAGUUAUCCAGACUAGUUCUUCCCAACAGGACAUUUUGUACACCUUCUAGAAGUGCGCUAAAAAUUUUGAAAUGUUUAUUGGUACAAUUAAAGAGGGAAGAAAAGUACAGAAGGAACAAUAAAAUGGAAGAAAAGGUACAUACUGUUAUCACAGAAAAAUCCUUUUCAUUAUGAAUAGACAAUUUAUAAUCAGACUUCUUUUAAAGACUAUACA